AUGUGUGAGUCAAUCGGUCUUGGGCUUGCCGUUGUCGGACGAGUUGUGCACAACAUGGGUGGCCAGUUGCGGGUAGAUUCAACUGUGGGCCAGGGCUCAAAGUUUAGUAUCACCUUACCUUUUGUGGUCCCGAAGAACAAAAACUCGCGUGGCGCGACUUCUGAUGAUUCCGGCAACAUGAAGUCGAUCGGCUCGGGCUCAUUGCUAAGCAAACACACCACCAAGAUGUCAUCCAGUCAAGGGAGUACCGGAAGCAACCACGGCUCUGGCUCAAUGGGUACAUCAAGCAGCGGGAUCGAUGAGAUUGUGGACGCGAUAACUGGCGAAAGUAGCGGUCGAAAUUCCUCUGAAGCUCCAUAUUUGCCCCGCUUGACCAGCUCCUUCCAAAACCAAAACCAAAGCAAGCCGCGCAAGUCAAUCAGCUUUGGCUCGACCGGAGGGUCCAAGGGUAGCGGAAGUUCGCAUUCCCUUGGUAUUAACAUGGGUGGCGAGAUGGCUCGUUGUUGGAUCAGCUUGGCAAUCAGAGCCUCUCUAGCAGAGGGCUGCACAAGACACAGAUGA